AUGCAGCGACUCAGGCGCUGGUCGCUCGCCGCUGUCUCUGGUCGUGCGAAGCCGCUGCGUCGCGUGUUUGCCACCGCUUCCCCCACGUGCGACGACGAGAGAGCAGACGCGCGGGACGGACCGUUGACGACUUGUGGUGGGGCACACACACAAUGGACUGCGCGGCCGUCGGCGCACGUGUACUACCACUGCAGCAGUCACCACGAGACCGCUACGACGGACGGGGAAAAAUGGGACGUCGACGCUGUAGGCGGAAGCGGUUCGCAGCCACAGGAGCCACUGGACGACGAGCACGAAGAGCUGCCGGUGAAGGACACGCAGUCGCUGUCUCGGGCGUUCGAGAAGCCUCAGAUGGACGCGAGUUUCCUUGUGAACAAUUACACGGCACCGGCGCUUGCAGCAGCGUAUCAGGACAGGGAGUACACGCUGUGGCUCUGUGCUGAGCUACUGAGUGACGGCAAAUUGGACCAACUGGAGGCAGUGCUGAAACCGUAUCACGACUUUGCUCAGCAUGAAUCAAAGACCCAGCGACAGACGCCACUUGCAAAAGCGUUUGGGCCACGCCAUCUUGAGCGCAUUCGCAAACGGCUGAGUCGACUGCCACGUCAGAUCACGAAGGCGUACUCUGCACGAGCAGCUGUGGUGAUCCCGCUCUGUACGUUCGAAGGUGAACCGUCCGUGCUCUUUACGCUGCGCUCACUCACUGUUGGAAAGCACAAGGGUGAGGUCUGCUUUCCAGGAGGAAUGGUGGACGCCAAUGAUUCGUGUAUCGAAGGGACGUGUCUUCGCGAGAUGAAGGAGGAAGUCGGUCUUGCGCCCGAAAGCGUCGAUAUCCUUGGGGUCCUUCGCUGCGACUGGUCCAGUGUCACUUCGAUUACAGGCAUUGCUGUUACACCGAUCGUAGGCUUUAUCGGCGAGAUGAGUGAUCAGACGGUGGCAAUCAACGAAGACGAAGUUGAGUCGCUGUUCACCGUGCCACUGCGGGACCUAAUGAACCAGGACAAUUGGACUCGCCACAGCAACGCGACGCCCGUCUUCACGGGCGGUCCGCACGUCAUCUGGGGGUUGACAGCCUACCUUCUUGAUAUUUGCUUAUUUGAAGCUCUGCAAGUCAGCGACAAGUCGCCUGCGGCACCACGGAAUUGA